ACGUACAUACUACAUAGACAGAAUUAUGUAAUCCAUCACGCUCGUCGCAUAGUGCACGGUAGACAGUGCGGAGAGGCCGGUUCUGCUGCUGGCAAAGCUAGUUCAACAGCUGACUGCGAGCGAAUAAUCACACACGCUGUAAUCUAGGCACCGAAGGAACGAGCCUCCGUGCGCGCUGCCUUCUUCCCGUUUGUGUUAAUCGCCUGCAUAAUUGAACCGUUCAGGAUGUCGGUUCAGCGGCUGCACCUGUUGGCCAUCAGCUUCCCGGCGCUGGGCCACGCCAUCCCGUUGUUCGAGUGCUGCCGGAAGCUCUCCAAACACCACGACAUCACCUACGCCGUCUCGCGCAGUGUCGCCGACACCCUACGCCCCCGCGAGUUCGCCUCCCUCCAGGCCGACGAGCCGGUGACCUUGGUGGCCAUCGAGGACGGUAUUCGCGCCGACCGCCACAUGACCUCCGACGACUUCCUCGAGGCCCACGACAUGAUCAUCAACUACACGCGCCCCGGGGUGGCGCGCUUCAUCCAGCAGUACGUCGACCCUAAAGGGGAGCACCACGCCGCCAGCGUCUUCCAGGGGAAGCCGCCGCCCCGCGCCAUCAUCUUCGACAUGUUCAUCACGCCGGCGGUGAUGGGCACCCGCCUUCCGGACGCCCUCUACCUGUACUUCAACCCCUCGCCGGCCUACUACCCGCGCUACAUUGUCCUCUACAACGAUCCCGUCCAAGUGUGUCCGCUGGAGGAGCAGGACCCGUAUUACACGCUGCCCGCCCCCGGGGAGCAGCUCCUCCCGCAGUCCGAGAUGAAUAUCAAGGAGAUCCGCCCCAUCGCGGAGUACUUGUCCCACAUCGACGGGAUGAUCUGCAACAGCUUCCGGAAGAUCGACGCCGAGGACCUCCGGGAGGCGCAGAAGGACGCGCGCCUCCGCCACAUCCGCUUCUUCUGCCUCGGGCCCUUCAUCGCCCGCGCCGGGCCCACCAAACCAGCGGCGGAGGUCCAGAUCACCGGGUGGCUGGAUAAACAGGCCGCCCGCUCCGUCGUCUUCGUCUCCUUCGGCUCCAUGGCCGUUCCCAAACCGGAGGAGAUCCGCGGGAUCGGGAGCGCCUUGUUGGCCACCGGACGCCCGUUUAUCUGGUCCCUGCGGAAAGGUCACGAGCAGCACCUCCCGGAGGGGAUCCGCCGCGUGCUGCAGGAGGACGUCCUGCACGAGAAGUACGUCGUGGUGCCGUGGGCGCCGCAGAAAGCCAUCCUGGCGCACCCGGCCACGGCCCUGUUCGUCAGUCACUGCGGGUGGAACAGCGCGCUGGAGACGAUGAGCAGCGGGGUGCCGGUGCUGGCCUGGCCCAUGUGGGCCGACCAAAAAGCCAUCGGGGAGAUGUUUGUCAAGCUGGGCGCCGGGACGAUGAUCCCCGGGACGAGCUGCUCCAGUACGGAGGUCGUCCCGGAGGACACGGUGACCGCCGCCCUCACGGAGGCCCUGGGGAAUGAGAAGUACUACGCGGCGGCGCAGCAGCUGAAGGCCGAUAUCGACACGGCGCUGGACGAGGGCGGGACGUCACAGACGGAAUUACAGGAGCUGCUGCAGUUUAUUGACCAAGCCGGUGCUUCGCGCCCUUAAUUGCCGACAAAUUUACGUGCCUUUGUAAUUUUUUAUAUAUUCCUUGUCCUGAUUAAUGAAAAUGCAUUAUGGGAAUAUGUUGUAACUGCCAUAAUAAUUGCGAUUUUAUAUACAUAACCUCCAUAAAGGUUACCGUCAUGUAUUCAUUUUUAUAUACAAAACCUCCAUAAAGGUCACUGUCAUAUA